AGAAACAGUCUUGUGUCCAUCAACUUAUUUCUCUUACACUUCCUUGUUUCAAGGCUCAUACUGUUGUUUCCCUUCAUCUCUUGAUCAUUCCCGUUUCUGGGUAUCUUUGCUUCUUUGAGGUUUCAAUAGGUAGCCAUGAAUGCUCUAGCCGGAACUAGCCGCAAUUUCCGCCUGGCGUCUCGUUUACUUGGAUUAGACUCUAAGCUUGAGAAGUCUCUUCUCAUCCCUUUUAGAGAGAUCAAGGUGGAAUGCACGAUUCCCAAGGACGAUGGAACCUUGGUGUCGUACGUUGGAUUCAGAAUACAGCAUGAUAAUGCUCGUGGUCCCAUGAAAGGAGGGAUCAGAUAUCAUCCCGAGGUUGACCCUGAUGAAGUGAAUGCACUGGCUCAACUAAUGACCUGGAAGACUGCGGUAGCCGACAUUCCCUACGGCGGUGCAAAAGGCGGCAUAGGAUGUUCUCCUAGGGAAUUAUCUAAGAGCGAAUUGGAACGUCUAACUCGUGUCUUCACUCAAAAGAUCCAUGAUCUCAUUGGUAUACAUACAGAUGUUCCUGCACCAGACAUGGGGACUAAUGCACAGACUAUGGCAUGGAUUUUGGACGAGUACUCUAAGUUUCAUGGACACUCACCAGCCGUUGUUACGGGAAAGCCGUUAGAUCUUGGUGGUUCGCUAGGCAGGGAAUCUGCAACAGGGCGUGGUGUUGUAUAUGCAAGUGAAGCUUUACUCGCUGAAUAUUGGAAGGCGAUUAAGGGUUUGACGUUUGUAAUUCAGGGUUUCGGUAAUGUUGGGUCUUGGGUAGCAAGGCUCAUACAUGAGAGGGGUGGUAAGGUUAUUGCCGUAAGCGAUGUCACGGGUGCUGUUAAGAAUCCAAGUGGAAUCAAUAUACCUGAGCUGCUAAAGCAUAAAGAAGCUACUGGAAGUUUGAAAGGCUUCAGUGGUGGAGAUUCCUUGGAUCAAAAUGAACUGCUCGUACAUGAAUGUGAUGUUCUCAUCCCAUGUGCUUUAGGUGGAGUUCUAAACAAGGAAAAUGCUGCAGAUGUGAAGGCAAAGUUCAUAAUAGAGGCUGCAAACCAUCCUACUGACCCAGAAGCAGAUGAGAUUCUAUCGAAGAAAGGAGUAAUAAUGCUGCCAGACAUAUAUGCCAAUGCAGGAGGGGUGACUGUCAGCUACUUUGAGUGGGUUCAGAACAUUCAAGGGUUCAUGUGGGAUGAAGAUAAAGUGAACAAGGAGCUGAGGAGGUACAUGACUCAAGCUUUCCAUAACAUAAAAACCAUGUGCCGGACUCACCAUUGCAAUCUCCGGAUGGGAGCCUUUACGCUCGGCGUUAACCGUGUUGCGCGUGCAACUCUCCUAAGAGGUUGGGAAGCAUAAUAAUAAAAUGGCUUUCUUCCCCUGUUUCGAUUUCUAGUCUCCAUUGAAAAGCUUAAACAUUUAAGCUUUGAAGCUCUUAGCUUUCCCCCCUUGCCAAAGUUUUCAUCUCUUAAUUUGA